AUGACUCCCGCCCAAGACAUUGCUGGCAGCAUUAGCCAAAUCUCACGCAGCGUAUCCAACAGCCUCAACAUCAGUACCAGCCCAACCCUCUCGUUCCACAGCCCACCCUCGACAUUCAGGCAACCACCGUCUGCCAACUCUAGAGAUGGUCGGACCCCGAACCUACCCGGCACGUCGCAUGCACAGCAGCUGGCUAAACAGCUGAAGCCGUUUGACACCAAGGACAUCAAGGUCCUUCUCUUGGAAAAUGUCAACGAGGCUGGUGUGGAUAUCUUGAGGGGCCAGGGCUACCAGGUCGAGGCGAUCAAGGCCAGUGUGGGAGAGGAUGAGUUGAUUGAGAAGAUUCGCGAUAUCCAUGUGAUUGGAAUUCGGUCCAAGACGAAGCUCACCAAGAAGGUACUCGAGGCAGCAAAGAACCUCAUUGUCAUCGGCUGCUUCUGCAUCGGAACCAACCAGGUCGACCUCCAGACUGCUGCCAGCAAGGGUAUCGCCGUCUUCAACUCGCCGUUUAGCAACUCGCGCUCGGUUGCCGAGUUGGUCAUCUCAGAAAUCAUUGCGCUCGCUCGCCAGCUCACUGACCGCUCCAUGGAGCUCCACAACGGUACUUGGAAUAAGGUCAGCAAGGGAUGCUGGGAAAUUCGUGGCAAGACACUGGGCAUAGUCGGAUACGGACACAUUGGUUCGCAACUCAGUGUGCUGGCAGAAUCCAUGGGCAUGAACGUCAUUUACUACGAUGUACUGACCACCAUGGGCCUGGGAACCGCGCGACAAGUACCGUCUUUGGAUGACCUUCUCGCACAGGCCGAUUUUGUGUCUCUACACGUGCCCGCGACAGCCGAGACCAAGAACAUGAUUGGCAAAGAGCAGUUUGCAAAGAUGAAGGACGGCAGCUACCUCAUCAACAACGCCCGCGGUACCGUCAUUGACAUUGCGGCGUUGAUUGAAGCCAGCCGCUCCGGCAAGCUGGCGGGUGCAGCCAUCGACGUGUUCCCCAACGAGCCUGCCGGUAACGGUGACUACUUCAGCAACGAGCUAAACACGUGGACAAAGGAUCUUGUGGGUCUCAAGAAUAUUAUCCUCACACCGCAUAUUGGCGGCAGUACCGAGGAAGCGCAGAGCGCAAUCGGCGUCGAGGUCAGCACAGCAUUAGUCCGCUAUGUCAAUGAAGGCACGACGCUUGGCGCCGUCAACAUGCCCGAGGUCAAUCUCCGAAGCUUGACGCUCGACCAGCCCGACUGCAUGCGUGUGAUUUAUAUCCACAAGAACGUGCCUGGUGUGCUGAGGCAGGUCAACGGCAUUCUGCUGCACCACAACAUUGAGAAGCAAAUGUCGGACUCAAGAGGCGAUGUUGCUUAUCUGAUGGCAGAUAUCAGUGAGGUCAAAGAGAGUGAGAUUCGGGAUAUAUUCACGAGCUUGGAGGAGUUGUCGUCGUGUAUCCGAACGAGGGUCUUGUACUAG